AUGUCGCGACCAUUAGCCAUUGUCAAGGCUAUCGACCAUCUCGUCCUCACUUGCAAGAACGUGCCUCUCACUGCUGAGUGGUAUGCUAAACAUCUCGGCAUGAAGAUAGAGACCUUUACCUCACCUAGCGACCCGUCCUCCACGCCACGAACUGCUUUGAAGUUCGGAACAUAUAAACUUAACCUCCACCAGCAGGGCAAGGAGUUCGAACCUAAGGCAUCUACUGCUCUGCCUGGUACCGCAGACCUCUGCUUUAUAGUCGAAGAUAAUACCGAGCUCCCGCGCUUAAUCGAGGGAUUUGGGGCUAGAGGUAUACAAGUCCUCGAAGGUGGUAAAAUUGUUAAAAGAACUGGAGCUCUUGGAAAGAUUCAGAGCAUAUAUGUUCGUGAUCCAGAUGGCAACUUAAUUGAGUAA